AGCCAACCGCAAUGCUGUCAACUAUUUAACAAUCUUUAUUUUCUGUAAACAUCGUAUCAAACGCAUCCAAAUGCCGCCGAAAUAUGAAAAUCAUUCGUCGAAGUUUUUAUUAAAAUCAUUCGAUUAUCAUAAACAAUUUUCCCAUAUCUAUGCCCAUCGUUUGGCUGAGAUGUCUGGGCUACUGGCCAAACGAGCCAGUAUGCAUUGGGGAAAACGACUACCGAUAAAAAAAUUAUGUGAUCUACGGGAAGAUUUUGCAGAAGAAUGCAUUAUCAUUGGAACAAUUUAUAAACACCAGGCUCAUAAACCUAGUAUUCUUAAAGAAAUUUCUGAAGAAAAUCAGUUGGCUCCACAACCUCCUCGACAACAUUAUGCUGACCCAGAAGAUAAAGUCAUACUAGAAGACGAAUUGCAACGCAUACGUUUGUUUGGUAAGAUUGCAGCGGAAGAAAUGGCAACUGGGGCGGUUUGCGCUGUGAUGGGUAUUAUAGAAGAAGGUGGACGUUUUGAUGUUCAAGAUGUUUUAUAUUAUGAAAGUGGUCCACAGAAAGCAUUGUCGCUUAUAAAGGAGAGUAAAUUGUUGGUAUUGAUAUCCGGUUUAGAGCAGUUACAAUCGCAUCAUUACCCGGACAGUUUGAAUUUAUUUCAACAUUGGCUGCGAGGCACUUUUACAUCAGUGAAAACACAAAAAGAAAAAGUUCGUGUCAUUGUAGCUGGUAAUUCAGUGCGUGGCGUUGUUGAAGACAAACGGGUAACAGCUUUCCAGACGCGCGUUUUUGAUUCCAAAGAGUUGGUAAAUGCCAUGAAAGCCUUGGACGAAUGGUUUGCAUCUUGGAGUAGUUUUGUGCCCCUAGAUGUUAUGCCUGGCGCCUGCGACCCCGCCAAUUUUAUGAUGCCUCAACAACCAUUUCACUAUUGCAUGUUUCCAUUAGCAGGACGUUACGAAAACUUCCAAUGUGUUCCCAAUCCAUACGAUUGUUCUAUAGAAGAGAUACGCGUACUGGGAACUUCAGGGCAAAAUAUAAGCGAUCUAUUGCGCAGUACGGCUUUGGAAAAACCGAUGGAUGCUUUGUGCAAAACUUUAAUUUGGGGACAUUUAACUCCAACAGCACCAGAUACUCUGGCUUGCUAUCCUUACGUUGAUACGGAUCCGUUUAUUAUAAGAGAAUGCCCUCAUAUUUACUUCGCGGGUAAUUGUGAUGAAUUCAGUACUACUUUACAAAAAGGCCUAGAUGGUCAAAAAACACGUUUAGUUUGUGUGCCCAGUUUUGCAAAAACUCAAAGCAUCGCAGUUGUGGAUUUACUUACUUUGCAAUGUCAUGAAAUUAUAUUUAAGGCUGAAUAAAUUUUAUAUUUUAUUUACCAAAUAUUUAGCUUUGC